CAGCAGUUAUCCUGUGCCCUACACAUCAAAGGUAACCUAAAGGCUUUGUUUAACAACACGUCGCGGUGAGGUAUCGUUACACUUCAACUCUGUGACAUUGUGUAGGAGAUCCGGGCGCUACCGAACGUGCUAGCUUGAGCAAAGGCAGGAAAACGUGCAUAUCCGCGGAGAUAAAGUACUUGUUUGGCGAACAUCAGCUAGCUAGUUCAGGUUAAUUGUCCACCUAUUGUUAGCCUGGCCCCCGGUGCCGCGCUGUUGGAUCUGUUGGCCGGCCCGCCCGCCGCUGUGGACCGAUGGAGUGUCCUCAUCUGGGCUCGAACGCGAGCUGCGCUGUGGACUCCCCCGGGUUCCCUCACGGAGCUCCGUCCUCCUGGUGCUGCACCGUCUGCAGGUCUAAUAAAAGCCCGUGGAUCUGUCUCACCUGCACCACGGUCCACUGCGGAAGAUAUGUCAACGGACAUGCAAAGAAGCACUUUGAAGACUCUCAAGUCCUCAGCAACAGUCAAAGGAGGGGGGAGAAACAGGAAAAAGAGAAAUCCCAUCACUCUGUCUGCAUGGACUGCAGCAACUUCAGUGUGUAUUGUUACAGAUGUGAUGAAUUUGUUGUCAAUGACACUAAACAUGUGCAGAGGGUGAGGGAGCAUCUUCAGAGUUUAGAGAACUCAGCUCUCAUGGGUAACAGACCGAGGAAAAGAAAAUUUCAGGAAAGUCCAGCUCCUGACAGCAAACUGUUAAAAGACAAUGACGGGGCAGCUUUAGGUGCUACAGGCCUACGGAACUUGGGCAACACGUGCUUCAUGAACGCCAUUCUGCAGUCGCUCAGCAACAUCGAGCAGUUCAGCUGUUAUUUCAAGGAGUUGCCUGCUGUAGCUCUACGCAGUGGUAAGACAGCAGGAAGAAGGAUGUACCACACCCGCAGCCAAGGGGAAAGCACUGUGUCGUUAGUGGAGGAGUUCAGGAAAACCCUUUGUUCGCUGUGGCAGGGCAGUCAGACCGCCUUCAGUCCAGACUCCCUAUUCUAUGCCAUAUGGAAAAUCAUGCCAAGUUUCAGGGGUUAUCAGCAGCAGGACGCCCACGAGUUCAUGCGUUACCUGCUGGAUCACCUCCACCGAGAGCUGCAGUACAGUCGCAACGGGUCGGCGCUCCCGGUCUCACCUCAGGACGGCGUCAGACUCUCCACACCAGAGGGCAAAUGCUGCAUAAAUGGGGCUGCCAGUGUUGUCACUUCAAUUUUUGGCGGAUUGCUUCAGAAUGAAGUCAACUGCCUGAUAUGUGGGACAGAAUCUCGAAAGUUUGAUCCAUUUCUUGAUCUGUCUUUGGACAUUCCAAGCCAGUUCAGACAAAAGAGAAGUAAGGACCAAGAACCAGGACCAACCUGCACCUUGCGUGACUGCUUACGUAGUUUCACUGACCUGGAAGAACUUGAUGAAACCGAACUCUACUAUUGCCACAAGUGUAAAAAGCGACAGAAAUCCACUAAGAAGUUCUGGGUUCAAACGCUGCCAAAGGUUCUGUGUCUGCACCUGAAGAGGUUCCACUGGACAGCCUUCUUGAGAAACAAGGUCGAUACCUAUGUGGAAUUUCCCCUGAAAGGCCUGGACAUGAGUGGUUACCUGCUUGAGCCAGAGAACUCUGUACCAGGGAGCUGCCUGUACGACCUUGCGGCUGUUGUCGUCCAUCAUGGUUCCGGGGUUGGAUCAGGGCAUUAUACAGCAUAUGGCAGCCACAAGGGCGGCUGGUACCACUUCAACGACAGCACAGUAUCUCUGACCAAUGAGGACACGGUGAGGAAGGCCAAGGCCUACAUCCUCUUCUACGUGAAGAGGGCUGGCCUCGUGCCCUCGGACAACACCACCAGCAACAAACCCGCUGUGGCCAACACGGCCUCGGACGGCGUCUCUCCAGGAGCAGGCGGUCGGGACAAAGGCACAGCAGAUUCAGUCGCUGCGGACGGUGUUUCGAUGGAUGCAGCAGCCUCACACGUGAUGGAUACCUCAGACGAGAAAUCCUUAGAUAAUCUCAACGUGGCAAAUGUGGGCAGAGACAUGGAUGAAGCUGCUAUAGAUAGAGACUCCUCUGACAAGGCUGCAACAGAGGAGAGCAGCCGAGCUGUACAGCCGUCUGCACAAUGAUUCAGACUUUACUGCCUUAGACCAGCUCCUCACUCCAUGUCGGUCACAUCUCACACAGUGCUUGAUUAUUAUAGUUCAUUUUGUUAUGUAUAAUAAUAUAUGUGCAACAAUUCUUCUUUUAUGACUUGCAUGACGGCACCAUGUAUAAUUUGCUGCUUGAUUUUUGUUAAGUAGACUUUGCAUUUAUUUCCUCGAUGUUUUAAUCCUCAGCUGAGGUAGACUUCUCCGUAUGUAAUAGAUUACAAAGCUGAUUGUUAAGUAAUGAAGCGUUAGCCUUGGAAAACCUCAGUUGGUCCAAUGUUUAGACUGAUGAGACACCGUGUCAUUGUGAAAAUAACAGUUUUUGUUUUUUUCAAAGUUUCUAACUGUUUAUUUUCCACAUAUUAAGAACCUGACAGUUCAUUUUUUUACAGGUAUUAGUAGAGAUUUAAGGAUUUACAAUCCAACACAUUCAUUGACUGACAGGUGCUCAUUAGAGCUGUAGAAAGUUGUUUUAACCUCUUGACCAGAACCAAUGUGAAAGAAAUGUUCAUUGUCAAAUUGUUUUGUUUUUGUCUGUACUGGUGUUGGAGUAUAUUUGAGCUGCACUCGCCCCAAUGAACUUCAGAACGUGUAUCGGGCAAAGUGAACAUGACAAAAUACAAAGAAGAAUUUUUUUUUCUAA